AUGGAUGAUUGUGUGGGAAAUACACUCCCGUUAAGUAGCAAUGAAGUGAACAUUAUGGAACAAGGGUCCAUGUUCAACAAUGACAUGGAAAAUUUUCAACCAUUUGAACCUCCCAUGGAUGGUGGCAACAAUGGACCAUCAUGCUCUUUUCCUCAAAUAGAAGACAUUGUGGAUGAAUUUGAGGAUGAAGAUGAAUAUGAUUCAUAUUUAGAUGCCAGUAGUGGGAGUGAUAAUGAUGACAACAAUAAUGAAUAUGAUGAUAUGAACAAGCAGAAUGAGCUUGCAACUGCUUUCUUAUCACAAAUUCACGUCGAGUCAGCUAGAGCUCCUGAGUUUAGUGAAUUAGAUAAUAUUCUAAAUGUUGGGGAUAAUGAAGAAUUAUAUAUUGGAAAAAUAUUUAGCAAUGUCCGUGUUCUAAGACGUGCAGUGAAGUUAUACUCUAUUCGAGUUCAUCAUACAUUUAGGGUUCACUAUUCAUGUAAAAAAUAUGAAGAAUAUCAUUGUAUUAAUUAUGGACAAAAUUACAAUUGGAGAAUGAGAGCUUGCAAGAAAGAAAGCAGAGACUUUUGGGAGAUCACGAAAUAUGGGGGCCCUCAUACAUGCUUGAGUACAUCAUUAACUUUAGACCAUUCAAAAUUAGAUGCUGAUGUUAUAUCAUCUUGUAUUGUGGCAAUGGUAACUGACAAGCCAGAUGUGCAAGUGUCACAAAUUAUUGAAAUAAUGCAAUCCAUAUUUGGUUACACUGUAUCAUAUAGAAAAGUAUGGAAAGCAAAACAGUUAGCAGUUGCGAUUGCUUUUGGGAAUUGGGAGAUCUCAUAUUCCUUACUCCCAAGGUGGUUAGCUGCAGUUCAACACUUAAUGCUUGAAUCAUGCAUAUAUUUUUCAAAUAAACAAUUCCCUGAAGUUAGUACAAAUGAUCAACCAGUUGAAAUGUUUCAUCGUGUUUUUUGGGCAUUCAAGCCAUGCAUAGAUGCAUUUUCUCACCUCAAGCCUAUUGUACAAGUUGAUGGAACAUUCUUAUAUGGAAAAUACAAGGGCACGUUACUUAUGGCAGUAUCACAAGAUGGUGACCGAAAUGUUAUACCACUUGCAUUUGCUAUAAUUGAAGGGGAGACAAGAUCUGCUUGA